GGACGGAGUGUGUGCAACCAUGGCGGCCUUUACAGUGGCGAAAAACAGCUGCAGGUUUCUGUGUAGUUUGAGAUCAGCGUACCGGAGUCUCAUACCGGUUAAUUAUGGAGCCGCGGUUGCAACGACCCAGCCGAGCCUGCAGCGACAUGCACGGUGGUAUUCCAUCAGUCACCUUUCCGUGGAGGAACGCAUUGACUUGAAACAGAGGGCGGCGCUUGCAGGAGGAGGUCAGAAGAGAAUAGAUGCACAGCACAAAAGGGGGAAGCUGACUGCCAGAGAGAGGGUUGAGUUACUUUUGGACCCUGACUCCUUUGUAGAAUAUGACAUGUUUGUGGAGCACCGUUGCUCAGAUUUCGGGAUGGAGGCGGAUCAUAAUAAGUAUCCUGGCGACAGUGUGGUGACGGGGCAGGGCCGGAUCAACGGGAGGCUGGUGUACGUCUUCAGUCAGGAUUUCACCGUGUUUGGAGGGAGUCUCUCCGGAGCUCACGCGCAGAAGGUCUGCAAGAUAAUGGACCAGGCCAUGAUGGUGGGCGCCCCAGUCAUCGGCCUAAAUGACUCCGGAGGGGCCCGUAUCCAGGAAGGGGUGGAGUCCCUGGCAGGAUAUGCUGACAUCUUCCUGAGGAACGUGAUGGCCUCGGGGGUGGUCCCACAGAUCUCCCUCAUCAUGGGUCCUUGUGCUGGAGGGGCCGUCUACUCACCUGCCUUAACAGAUUUCACAUUUAUGGUGAAGGACACCUCCUACCUGUUCAUCACUGGGCCAGACGUGGUCAAGUCGGUCACCAAUGAAGACGUGACCCAGGAGGAGCUGGGAGGGGCAAAGACCCACACCGCUGUGUCUGGUGUGGCCCACAGGGCAUUUGAGAAUGACAUCGAUGCCCUGCUGAACCUCAGAGAAUUCUUCAACUUCCUCCCUCUCAGUAAUAAGGAUGCAGCCCCUGUCAUAGAGUGUCAUGACCCCAGCGACCGCUUGGUCCCCGGCCUGGACACUGUGGUUCCGUUCGAGUCCACCAAAGCCUAUGACAUGCUGGACAUUAUCCAUGGCAUUGUGGAUGAGCGGGAGUUUUUCGAAAUCAUGCCGAACUACGCCAAGAACAUUGUGGUGGGCUUCGCCAGGAUGAACGGCCGCACGGUGGGGAUUGUGGGAAACCAGCCCAAGGUGGCAUCAGGUUGCCUGGACAUCAACUCGUCCGUCAAGGGGGCCCGAUUCGUGCGCUUCUGUGACGCCUUCAACAUUCCCAUCAUCACCUUCGUUGACGUUCCCGGAUUCCUGCCAGGGACAGCACAGGAGUACGGGGGCAUCAUCAGGCACGGGGCCAAACUGCUCUUCGCUUUCGCCGAAGCAACUGUCCCCAAGAUCACCAUCAUCACUCGGAAGGCCUACGGUGGCGCUUACGAUGUGAUGAGCUCCAAGCACCUCAGAGGAGAUGUGAACUACGCGUGGCCGUCUGCCGAGGUUGCUGUGAUGGGCGCCAAGGGGGCAGUCCAGAUCAUCUUCAGAGGAAAGGAGAACCAGGCCGAGGCCGAGGCCGAGUACGUGGAGAAGUUCGCCAACCCCUUCCCCGCAGCGGUCCGAGGCUUCGUGGACGACAUCAUCCAGCCUUCGACGACACGCAAGAGGAUCUGCCGAGACCUUGAGGUCCUGGCGAGCAAGAAGCAGACGAACCCGUGGAAGAAGCACGCCAACAUCCCCCUCUAAACCCGCCCCUCUCCCAACAUGGACACUUGUAACCGAGGCUCCCUUAAGCAUAGUUUUGAUUUCAAGAUCAAAUAAAUCUUUUACGUACGAGACUGAACACUUGAACAUGGAGUGAACUUGUCAUCCAUUAAUGAGAACACGCAGUUACUGAGUGGGAGCUGGGUAAAGUGUCACUUCCAUGCUAAAAGCUGUGAUUUUUAUUGGGCCUAAGGACCACCGCAGACAUCACAGGUGCUGUAUUCCCAAAUUCACACUG